AUUGUCAAAUUAAAUUGAAAGCUCGCGAAAACAAAGUCAUAUGAGCUCCGAAUUGCGCCCCAGCGCUCAAGUCUACGUCCCGCUCGAGGCUGUGACCCCCAAGGGGGCUCAGAGUUCGCGCUAUUCUCGCAAAACCGUACGACCAAUGGCGGGGGACUCCCCUCGGCCCAUUCUGGGCACGAAGGCCCCCUUCCCGCGAGCGAUUCUGGGCCGGAAGGAGUACGCCGCUGGCGGCUCUGAAGAGGUGAUUCGCUCCUUGACGAGAAACAUGCAACAGAAAUUGCGUGCAGUGUAAACAGAUGUUUGGGCCGUAUUUUCAAGGAAGGGCCUGUGGGGAUGCGUGUGUUUCGACCAAUGGCAGGCUGGUGCCCGAUUGCAACAAUGCGGGCACUUUGGGCAACUUUUUGAAACGGUUGUAUUAGUUGUAUGCGUUGUAA